AUGGGUCAUAAGAAAGCUGUUGCAGACGACCUUUUAGCCGACAUCCUCGACACUGUUACAGCACAACCAGCACCAUCCCAGCCUCAGCCAAAGCCGAAACCAAAAAGGUUGAAGAAAGCCCAACCCAAGGCAACUGAUAAGCUUGUUAGAGCUAGCGACAGUGCCGAUGAUAUUAAAGUCGACGUUGCCCUUUCUACGGCGUUGCUCCUUCCCCAAGAUCUCAAUCGCAACGUCGAGAUGAGCGAGUAUGAGAACUUCGCUCUAAUGUUGCAGCACUCAGUACAAGCGAUCCAGCAUGGCCACUCCUUUGCAAUGCAAGCCUUCAACAUUAAGAAGGAGUUGGCAAAUAAGACCAAGGAGGCGGCCGGCUUGCAAAGGACCAUAAACAAGGCUGAGGCCAAGAUAAAGACUCUAAUGAAGCAGGCCGAGGAAGCCAAAAAAGCUCAAGAAGAGGUCGAGGAGAGGGCAGGGGCUGCUGACGCCAUUGCCAAGGUCCUCGAGGCCGAAAAGAAAGAGGUCGAGGCAAAGACCGCUGAUGCCCAGGCCGAACUUAUUGCUGCCCUGGCCACCAAAGAUGCCGAGAUUAAGGCCAUGGACGAGAAGGCGUACGCCGAAGGGGCAGCCGACGUCAAAGAAGACUACAAAAGACAAGUCAGGAAGGCAUGCAACAAGGGCUAUACCCUUGGUUGGAUGGCUGCUCUGAAGGUGUUGGCUAUCCCCGAGGACUCCCCUCUCAAGAAUGCUAGUAGCCUUGUCCUGCCAUUCCCACUCACUCCAAGCCAGUCCGAGGACGAAGCUGAGUUCGAGGAGGUGGCUGAGGACAAAAAGACCGAGAAGGCCGAGGCUGCGGGGACCAAGUCCCCAACUCUGAAUGAGCAAGUCCUGGACUUGACUCAUAAUGAGGAGGAUGAGGUCUCAAAGGGUGCCUCUGUCGAGAAGACAUCAUCUGAGACGUCUAUCGCCGAGAAGAGCCUCGACCAGACUCUUAAAGAGAUUGACGCCAAGCUUGCGGCUGAGAAGGCUGCCGAGAAGAGUUCCUAG